AUGUCACCGACCCGCCUCUCGUCCUCUCAAAUGUCGACUUCCUCUCGAACCAAAUCAUCCGUCAUCAGAGAUCAACAGGCUGGGUUUCGUUUAGGGACCAUGGAUGACCCCGACAGUGGGACGGUCCGAGCCCGAAACACUGCGGCCGUGAGCGGGGACAGUAAGAGAGAGCUGCUGUCCACGAAGCCUCUGCACCGCUUCGUCCAGAAAGAGCCCAGGAGCCUGGGGAUCGUCAUUUUGAUGUUCGGGUGUGCCGAGUUCCUCAUCGGCCUCCUGAUGUCCGCACACAAGGACAACUCCACGUUCUUCUACACUCCCUUCUGGCUCGGAGCUCUGUUCAAUAUCUGUGGAAUUCUGUCAAUUUACACUGGAACACAUCCAUCCAAGAAGAUGGUUACAGUUUGUUUGUCUAUGUAUGUGGUUUCCCUGAUUGGAAUCCUCGUCUCCUUUGGCUUAAGACUCACCUCCUUGUCUAUGCUGAGCUACUAUCGGAACAGGCACGCAAGACAUGAAAGCAUAAGAGCAAGCAUGAUGCUCUCUCUGGAAUCCCUGCUCCUCACCAGCUCCUUGUUUGUGUUCGGGCUGCUCAUCUUCUUGUGUGUUGUUGCUCGGUUGGCUCUGAAGUCUACACGCACUCAGAUUGUUCUUCACCAAAUACCUGCAGCUGCAACUGAGACACCGACUGAGUAA